UCAGUUUGAUAACUUGUUACGAGAGCGUUACGUCGAAAAAAAUUGUGAAAUCAGUAAUUUGUAUUUCCUGUUUUAUUUUUGUACAUAAAAAUGAGUCAAUUGAUUGCCAAGGCCCAGGCCCUUGCCAAUAGGGUGAUUGUGGCAGCACGUCCGCAACUCGAGGAAUUCUGGAAAUAUGCCAAGGUGGAGCUAUCACCUCCGAUGCCCGCUGAUUUCCAGAAGUUAAAGAAGACCGCAGAGUCAGCAAAGAAUGCCUCCAAGAAGGAUAUGAAGGGGCAGCUAAAGAAGUCUGGAAUCGGCCAGGUCACCGUCAGCGAGGCCUGGCUAAAUGUUCUGGUCACCGUGGAGGUGAUUACCUGGUUCUACAUGGGCGAGGUCAUCGGUCGCCGUCACUUCGUCGGCUACAAGGUCUAACAGAAACUUGUCUAAUAUUUGCCUUAAUGUUUUGCCUUUUAUUUAAAUGCCUGUUUGCAAACAUAUAUUUUCUGUGACCAGGUGCUCUGAAUAAAGGUUCACUAUCUGCAUGAAAA